UGGUGUGUUGGUUAAGUUGGUGUGUGUGUCCCCAUUCCAUGUCCUGGUUUAGCCGUAUAUUCAGGGUACUUUAAUUUUAAGCGAGGGGAAACAGAUCAUUGCAUUGAGAGUAUAUUAUAUGUACUGCUAAAACAAACAAAUGACCAACUGCCCUGUAUUGUGAUAUGUUUACCAACACACAAACGGGAAAACAAACAACGUGACUUGCUAAUUUGCCGCAAAACGUCAUCAAAGUGUCGUAAAAGUCCAGCUGCCGCAAAACUGUCGCCAUGUCGGUCUACUAGAGAUGACUGUGGUGUCAACAAGAAGCCGGGAUAAAAAUAUAUCCUCGGCCCCGAAUUUUUGAUGCCGAUCCAACAGCGGAAUCAUGGCGGAGGGGAUCCACAGAAAUAACAUCGUCCGCGACUUGGGGUGCCGGACCAUCGGCUUGCUCCAUCCCAGGGACUUUGUCGUCUCUACAACCGGUAAUACCAGUUUCAUCCAGAGACUCCGACUGCACAGUAAACUGCCAGUACAUACAGGAUGUGUGAACAGUAUCUGGUGGUCGGAUGAUGGUGAACAUAUUUUAUCUGGCAGUGAUGACACCAACCUCUGUAUCACCAAUGCUUGGUCUGGGAAGGUUGUCACCUCCAUCAGAUCCGGCCAUCGAGCUAACAUCUUCAGUGCCAAGUUCAUGCCCCACUCCGGGCUGGGCCGCGUGGUGUCGUGUUCUGGGGAUGGGAUCCUGUACUACACAGAUGUGGAGAGGGAGAACACCUGGGGGUCAAAUGUCUUCAACUGUCACUACGGCACUGCUUACGAGCUGCUGACAGUGGACAAUGACCCCAACACGUUUCUAUCAUGCGGCGAGGACGGGACGGUUCGGUGGUUCGACAUCCGUCUCAAGACAACCUGCACCAAAGACAACUGCAAGGACGACAUUCUGAUAAAGGCCCAUCGUGCUGUGACGGCCAUCGCUGCCAACCCCCACACACCGUACCAUCUCGCUGUGGGCUGCUCCGACAGUUCUGUACGCCUGUUUGAUCGCAGAAUGCUGGGAACUAAAGGCAGUGGUGGUGUAUGUGGGAAGGGAACGCUCGGCGUGUUCUGUCGCUUCUGUCCGCCGCCGCUGACCAACAAGUCGUGCCGCGUGACGUCACUGAAGUACAGCGGGGAUGGACAGGACCUCCUGGUCAGCUACUCCUCCGACUACAUCUACCUGUUCAGCCCUCAACACCUGACUUCUGAUGGACAUGGGGGGGUCAAGUAUGAGGAUUCUCACAGCAGCAGCAAUGGAUACAGUAAAUGUCCUGAAAAGUCGUCCAAAGAUCCACCUGUGAAGAGGCUGCGAUUACGCGGAGACUGGUCCGACACGGGUCCGCAGUCUCGACCGGAGAGCGAACGCGAUACCAGGGCAGCGUCAGCAGUGGCUGAUGAGAGCGAGAGCCCGCAGCGCUCCCUGAUGCAGCGGAUGACGGACAUGCUGCAGCGCUGGCUGGAGGACCCGGCCAGCUUCCGCCAGUCCAUGCAGCCUCCGCAGGGACAGGACUCCUCCCCGUCCUCUGACUCUUCCACUUCUCAAACUACGGCAGGGACACCCUCACCUUCCCAACAGGAGACAGCAGGAACACCCUCAACUUCCAGACAGGAGGCUGCAGGAACAGCAGAGCCUUCCAGACAGGAGGCAGCAGGAACAGCAGAGCCUUCACAACAGGAAACAACAGCAACAACAGAGCCCUCCCAACCAGAAACAGUAGAAACAGCAGAGCCUUCUCAACAGGAGACAGCAGGAGCAGCAGAGCCUUCCCAACCGGAAAAAGCAGAGUCUUCCAGACAGAAGACAGCAGGAACAGCAGAGCCUGGAGCAGCAGACAGCCAGGAGAGCAAAGAGCAGGGCAGCCAAGCAGAGCAGACACCUGAAGGGACAACAGCAGAAACUGCUGCAGAAGAAUCAGCUGCUGCAGGGCCAGGUGCUGCAGCUGUAUCAGGUGCUGCAUUAGGUGGAGUUGUAGAAGAAAAAGGUGAUCCUGCCAAGAGCACAGAAACAACACAAAGUGACUCUGACAAGAAUUCUUGCAAACUGAAAGCAUCACACAUAACUAAAGACACAAGUGCUAAGAAGGACGUUGCAGCCUCGGCUAAGGAGGAGGAGGCAAAAGUGAAAAGUGACAGUGAAACCUUAGAUAGGAGCAAGUCUGAGACAAAGAAAAGCAGUAAGGAAAGAAAGGAACAGAAAGACAGUGGGACAGCUGUUUUGAGAGAAGAUGUUGCACAAGAAACAAGUCCAUUGUGUGAAAUUAGAGUUGUGGAUACAAGUGAGUUAACCACAGAGUCUAGUACUGUGGGUCAGACUGGAGCUGUCGCCAAGGCAGCUGGUGAUCACUCAAAUGAUGCCGAAAAAAUUGACAAAUUGAGAAGUGACUCUACAGGUGAUAAGAAAGAGAAAACUGGAGAAUCUGCCAGUUUGAAGGUCGAUUCUUCUGAAGGUCAGCAGGAGUGUCCAUCAGAACCUGGGGCUGUCGGAGGAAGUGACUUACCAGACUCGAGCGCUGUUUCUCAAGAAGAUGUGGUACGUCCCAAGACAGGCUCCAAGUCUUCUCAGAAAACAGGAGGGGAUGAUAGCAGACAGUCCCCCCCACCGACGAGUGAGACAACCCCACCCACCCCUCAGUCAGAUGAGCCGAUCCAUUCAGGAGACAGCAGUGAUGAUGAUGAUGAAGAGACAUCACAGUCGGAGGAGAGGUCAGGCCGCCCGAUGUACGCCCGGCUGCAGGCGCUGAUGAAGAUGCGUCGUCAGCAGCGCGAGAAGGAGGAGACGGAGCUGAGCCAGCUGCCGUGUCCGCCGCACAAGAUGAUCUACAAGGGACACCGCAACGCUAGGACCAUGAUCAAGGAGUCCAACUUCUUCGGAUCCCAGUACGUGAUCAGUGGGUCGGACUGCGGGCACGUCUUCAUCUGGGACCGCUACACCGGGAAACUUGUGACGCUCUUCGAGGCAGAUAAGCACGUGGUGAACUGCGUGCAGCCUCACCCGAGAUAUCCCGUGCUGGCGACGAGCGGGAUCGACUACGACGUGAAACUUUGGAUGGCGAUGGCGGAGGAGGCGAGCUUCCCGGAGGAAGCGCAUGAGAUCAUGCACCGGAACGAGGCGAUGUUGGAGGAGACGCGAGACACGAUCACGGUUCCCGCAUCAUUCAUGCUGCGUAUGUUGGCGUCACUGAACCACAUCCGCUCAGAGCAGGACUCACAACCUGCAGCCGAGGAGAGGAGACCCAGUGAGGACUGAGGGAAUUUAGUACUCUUAAUUUUAAUAAUAAAUGUACCUGAGAAGUGUUGAAAACAAAAAAUUUCUCACAUCUACUUCACUUCUCCAGCCCCACCAGAAAGGAUUCCUCUUAAGAAUUUGCUAAUGUUUCAGGAGGUAAAGUUUGCAUUGUCUUCCUCUUUUCUGACCUAGAUUGCUGUACAGCCUGUACUGAUAAAUGGAAUACCAUGGA